UCGAGCGCCUUGCGCCCUCUGCCGGCAAGUAAAGGCUUUACAGCGAUGAGCGGCGACUCGCUGUAGGACUCACCCGGUGUUCCGUUACAGCAGCACCUGUCCGGUCUCCGGUGUGCUGAAAAAAUAUCUUUAUCGUCCACCUUUAUAUUAGUGGCAACAAGCUUUUAAAGCUUUUUUAAGCUCCAUUUAAGCUUGACCUAUAUGGCCUCCAACGAUUAUUCCCAGUCACCUCCCCACGGUUAUGGGUCCUACGGUGCUGGAGGUGGAGGGGAUGGUGCUAAUCAGAGCUACGCUCCAUCAUCUGGUCAGGGUUACAGCCAGGAGCAGGGCUAUGAAGGCUUCACUCAGAGCUCUGACAGCAGCUCCAGCUCCUACAACCAGGGGGGCUAUGGGGGCUACUGCCAUUCUCCUUCAGAUGAAUAUGGUUCUCCACCUUCGAGCCAGGGUGGUGGAGGGGUUAAUUCCAGCCAGCCAUUCGGCUCUGGAGGAUACAGCCGUCAGCCGUCCAACAUGAACUACAACCAGCAGUCCUCUUUCUCCGGUUACAGCCAGCAGCCGCCUCCUCCAUCCUCAGCAAGUUACGAAGGGAACUCACAGACCCACGGCUACAACAAACCAAGCAGUGGACGGGGUGGGGGUGGUUACGGAAGUCCAACUGGUGGUUAUGGAGAAAGCGAGGGCCGCCAACCACCUCAACAUGCAGGAGGUCCCUACAACCACCCACCAGGCUUCAACUCUCCUCCUCCACCGAGCUACAGUCAGCAGAGCCAGUAUGGUCUGGGUGGAGGUUACAGAGCCGACAGCCCACCGAUGAGUGAAGGAGGAGAUGGAGGAGGAUACGGAGGUCCUGAUGGAGGCUAUGGAAGUCAGGAUGGCCACGGUGGACGGGGUCGUGGCGGUACUUUUGUAGGUCGUGGAGGAGGUGGAUUUGAUCGCUCUUUUGAUCGAGGGGGCCGAGGUGGACCAAGAGGAAGAGGAGGAAUGGGAAUGGGCGAUCGAGGAGGAUUCAAUAAGUUUGGUGGACCCAGAGACCCGGGACAUGGACUUGGAGGACCCAGCUUCAUUGUGCCGGAGCAGGAUAACUCCAAUAACAACACCAUCUUCGUUCAGGGCUUGGGAGACGACUACACCGUUGAAGCAGUGGCUGACUUCUUCAAGCAGAUUGGGAUUAUUAAGGUCAACAAGAAGACCGGCAUGCCGAUGAUCAACCUCUAUGCAGACUGAGACACUGGGAAGCUGAAGGGGGAGGCCACUGUUUCCUUUGAUGAUCCCCCCUCGGCAAAGGCAGCUAUCGACUGGUUUGAUGGGAAAGACUUCAACGGAAACCCAAUCAAGGUGUCGUUUGCCACUCGCAGACCUGAUUUUGGAGGCCGGGGUGGGAUGAGAGGAGGUCGAGGACGAGGAGGUCCGAUGGGUCGUGGAGGAUUUAGAGGGGGUCGAGGUGGAGGUUUCCCAGGAGGCGACGGAGAGAGCGGAGGUGCAGGAGGAGGUCAGCAAAGAGCUGGGGACUGGAAGUGUUCUAACUU